AUGUCGUAUGAACAGGUGACGGGGCGGGCCCCCCGAGGCCUGAUGCUCGAUAUAUAAGGAGGACCUGAACUUUGAGCUGGAUCUGUGUCUGAAGGUCUUGACUCGCAGGAUGAACGCCCUCCGAACUCUGUUUCUCUUGGCCGCCGGCCUCUCUGUGGCUUGUUGUGAUUCAGCCCUGUCUACCAACGACAAGGCGAUCACCCAGUUCAGGCAAAUGAUCCUGUGCAUGAUGCCCGACAGCUGGCCGAAUUUCGACUACAGUAACUAUGGCUGCUACUGUGGAGUGGGCGGCACUGGCACGCCUGUGGACAAGCUGGACAGGUGCUGCCAAGUGCACGACAACUGUUACAGAGACGCCAUGCAGCUCAAGGAAUGCACGUCCUUCUUCGACAACCCAUACAUCAAUUUUUACUCCUACAGAUGUGCCAAAGCAAGAAAGAAGAUCACCUGUGGCAAGAACAACAACGCAUGUGAGAUGUUCAUCUGCAAGUGUGACAGGAAGGCCGCCAAGUGUUUCGCCAGAUCAUGUCAUAACCCCAAGAACAAGCACCUGCCCAGCGACCGAUGUCAGUAGAAGACCUCUGCAGUUUAUCGAAGGCAGGAUCCAGUCCCACACACGACACACCCAUCACUGAGCUCUCAGGAGCGGCACUUGAACAUUUCGUCCGCUCAUUGAAAUACUCCCACUGAC